AUGGCGCUUCUUUCACUCCCAGCGACCCCCUCCACGAUGGAUGCAUCUGCCGUCACGAAGUCUCUGCGCGUGGAUGCAAAGCGUGGCCUUUCUGCAGACGAGGUGGAGGAGCGAAUUCGACAAUUUGGUAGUAAUGAACUUCCCACGAAGCCGUCAACUCCUUUUUGGAAGUUGGUUUUGGCGCAGUUUGAGGACACGCUUGUUCGUAUUCUUCUUUUUGCGGCCAUGACAAGUUUCGUUAUGGCAUUAUUUGAGAAGAACGCCGGGGAUUUUGUAGAGCCAUUCAUCAUUCUCCUCAUUCUUGUGCUAAACGCAACGGUGGGUGUCUGGCAGGAAAACCGGGCGGAGAGUGCGAUUGAGGCACUCAAGUCAUUUGUUCCGAAAACUGCCGUCGUGCUACGCGAAGGCAAGCUGGUCACUGUGGGGGCAGAAGAUCUGGUGCCUGGAGAUAUAGUAGAAGUAUCGGUAGGGAACCGUGUUCCUGCGGACAUGCGAGUGCUAGAGUUGCACAGUACUACAUUGCGUGCCGAUCAGGCGAUUCUUAA